AUGGGUAGCGAUGUCCCGUACUUGGAGCUGGCUGAGCCCGACGAGGGCUAUCACGGGCUGAUCCGUGAGAACGAGACCCUCGUGGAGGUGGCCCCGGCCAUCCGCGCCCGCGGGCCCCUCUGCUCCUUCCUCAUCCUCAACAACAAGCACCAUGGAGAGGCGCCAUUCGAGAUCAUGGUCAUCGAUGAGAACGAGGCGCGGCUCCGAGUGCGGUACCCGCUCAACUGCGAGAAGAGGCGCAAUUACAAAUUCGACAUCGCCGCCGUCGGUUGCGACGGCUCCUACUCCAACACGGUCCCGGUACACAUCACCGUGGCGGACGUGAACGAGUAUGCGCCGGUGUUCGGCCAGGCGGCCUACGUGCGCUCCGUGGACGAGGGCAAGGUCUACGAUGAGAUAGUGCGCGUCGAGGCGACAGACCGCGACUGCACGCCCCACUACGGCGAAGUGUGCAAGUACGAGAUCCUCACCGAAGGCAACCAGCCUUUCGCCAUAGACAACGACGGUGUAAUCCGUAACACCGAGCCACUGGACUAUGAGAAAUCGCAUAACCACAUUCUAUCGGUCGUGGCAUACGACUGCGGGAUGAUGCAGUCCGCCCCGGUGAUGGUCACCAUCAAAGUGAACAAACCCUGCCGCGCGGGAUGGAAGGGUCUGGCCGAGAGAGUGGACUACGCGCCGGGCUCGGGCCCGCUGGCGCUGUUCCCCAGCGCCAGGCUGGAGGCGUGCUCCAGCGACGAGCGCUGCCCGGGCGUCACCAGGAUCCAGGCCUUCGUGUCGCUGCAGGCCUCGCGCGCGGGCGCUGCCUGCGACCGCGACACCUACGCCAUCCACGCCCAGCGCGCCAUCUGCGGACUGGACCCUAAGACCGUCGAUCUUCUGCCGGGCCCUGGAGAAGGCAACGAAUGGGCCAAGUCCUUGAAACCUGACUCAGGGCACGACGACGACGAGACGUUCGAGUUCGACGGCGAGUCGACAUCCGCCGUGGUGCCCGAGCCGCUGCUGCAGCACUCGCUCGGCGCCACCUUCUCCGUCAGCACGUGGAUGCGCCACGCGCCCUGGCCCGACCAGGACAAGCAUCGCAAGGAGCACGUGCUCUGCCUCGCCGACGACCACAAAAUGAACCGGCACCACUACGCGCUGUUCGUGCGCAACUGCCGCCUCAUCCUUCUGCUGCGCCGCGACUUCGGAGAGGGCGACCUCAACAUCUUCAGACCCGCCGAGUGGCGCUGGAAGAUCCCCGAGGUGUGCGACAACGAAUGGCACCACUACGCGAUCAACAUCCGCUUCCCCACCGUGGAGCUGUUCGUGGACGGAGAGCCCUACCGCUCCCUGGACGGCAAGGGCCCGGAGGUCAUCGACGACUGGCCGCUGCACCCCGCACAUGGCGUUAACACCACACUUGUCGUCGGCGCCUGCUGGCAAGGUACGGAGGGCGACAUGAAGCACCACCUGCGCGGCUGGCUGGCCGGUCUGGGCGUGCUGGUGGGCGGGCAGCAGAGCGCUGCUGCGCUGCGCUGCGCUGCCCGCUGCAGGGAGGGCCUCAGCUUGGCCCCUGAUCUAUACCUGCGCUCGGUGUCGGUGGAGGGCGACGGCGCGGCCGAGGUGGAGACGCUGGUGCGCCGCGUGGCCUACGGCGAUGCGCGCGCCUUCCCCACGCCCGGCCGCCGCAACGUGCACCUCGCCACCACCAUCACGUGCGACAACGGCGUGGUGGUGCGCGCGCGGCCCGCCGAGUCGUUCGUGAUGGUGCUGCCGCCGCAGACGCCGCGCGUGCAGCUCAACGGCAGCGGCGACGCGGCGCGCGACUACGCGCACUUCCGCCAGGGGCUGCGCGUCUUCCCCGACCUGCGCGUGCGCGUGCUGGCGCGCGACGAGCAGGAGGCCGCCAGCCAGCGGCUGGACUCGUGCGUGGUGUCCGUGUACCCGGCGCUGAACCCGGACCACGAGGCGCUGGCGCUGCGCGAGGGGCUGCUGCCCGCCAGCGACGUGCGCGCCACGCUCACGCGCGACGGCGUCAGCCUCGCCGGGGCCGACUCCGUCGACGCCUACCAGCGGGUGCUGCGAUCCAUCGAGUACAGCAACAAGAAGCCGGCCUACUACCUGAACCGCGUGUUCAAGCUCACCUGCUCCGAGCUGAACGGCCGAUUCACCAGCAACGAAUACGUGCAGACCCUGACGGUGGUGCACCCGCACGCCGCCGCGGCAGAGGCGGGCCACGCGCUGCGCCCUAGCGGCCUGGCCGACAAGCUCGACGCCGUCGCCAGGGAUAAGACGCACGGCGGCAGCGGCGGCAGCGGCGGCGGCUUCGCGGCGACGGCCCCGCGCGUGUUCGCGGCGCACGCGAUGCGCAGCGCGCACUCGGCCGACGCGCCGCAGCCGCGCCUGCUCGACGCCCGCCCCGACGCCCCCGCCAACCACGUGGCGCUGGUGAUCGGCGCGGUGUGCUGCGGCGCCGUGGUGGCGCUGGUGGCGCUGGGCGUGGCGCGCGCGAGGGCGCUCCGCCCCUCCGGCCGCGCCUCCGCCCGCCCCCGCCCGCUGCCGCCCCGCGGGCCCGACGAGAUGGCCUGGGACGACUCGGCGCUCACCAUCACCGUCAACCCCAUGGACGAUGAGGGCGGCGCCGGCGAGUGCGGCCGCGUCGGCGGCGACAGCUCGGAGGGCGAGUCCGGCUCCGACUCCGACUCCGACCACCACGACGACGACGACGACGAGCCGUUGCCGGGCAAGCAGCACAAGUACCGGAACAUCAGCCAGCUGGAGUGGGACAACAGCACGAUG